UUGAUCAUAGUGUCGGGCCUCCCGACGUCUGGCAAAACGCACCGCGCGAAGCAGUUGCAAGACCACCUCGCCUCCCGCAUCGCGGCUGCGGCCGCCUCCUCCUCCUCUUCCUCGACGCCGGGCGAGGGCGGCAAACAGCCACCGUACAGGCUCCACUACAUCUCGGACUCGACCCUCUCGAUCCCGCGCGACGUCUACGACCUCGACCCGGAAAAGGUGCGCGCGCACACGCGGUCGGCCAACGCCUCGGAGAAGGACGCCCGCGCCGCCGUCUACGGCGCCGUGAAGCGCGUGCUCUCGGACCGGGACAUUGUCAUCCUGGACGGGCUCAAUUACAUCAAGGGGUGGCGGUACCAGCUGCACUGCGAGGCCAAGGCUGUGAAGACGCCGAGCGUGGUGCUGCAGAUAGGGUGCGGGGUGGACAGGGCGAGGGGCGAGGAGGGAGGGGAGGAAGAGCCUUACGAGCCGGACAACUGGGAAAACCUGGUGUUUCGGUACGAGGAGCCGAACCCGAUGACGCGCUGGGACAGCCCGCUAUUCACGCUCAUCUGGGACGACGACGCCGCGCAGGCGGCCCGGGUCUUUGACGACGUCUGGGACGCCAUCGCGGGGACCGGGCGCAAGGUCGUCAAGCCCAACCAGGCCACCGUCCAGCGCAGCCGCGACGCCGGCGGGGACUACCUCUACGUGCUCGACCGCGAGACGCAGGAUGUCGUCCGGCGCGUGCUCGAGGCGCAGGGCGAGGGCGGGGAGGAGGGCGGGGAGGUCACGGUCCCGCGCGGGGCGACGGGGGCGGGGGCAGGAGCGGGGACGGACGAGGCCCUGGUCGUGAGGCUCCCCGGGCGUAAGGUCGGGCUGCCGCAGCUGCAGAGGCUGAGAAGGGCCUUUGUCGGGUUGAACCGCGGGGGCAUCGGGCUCGAGGGGGUCGGGAGCUUCAGCGUGGAGAGGAUGAGAGAGAGCUUCGUUGGGUACCUGAACGACUCGUUCGACCAGGAGGGCUGA